GAACACUAAUGAGUUUUUUCUCCCCAGAAAUCAACAGGAAACUUCAGAGGUUCAUACAGAGUUGGACUCCAUAUUCAUGCUUCUCGAGGAGAACAUGUUUGCCUAUCUGAAGAAAGAGCUUAAGAAGUUCCAGAAGGUUUUGAGAACUAAUAACCCAGAAUGCUUCGAGAGCCAAGGUAAGUCUGAAGGAGUGUUUGAUGGGGAAGAGGAAGAGCAGAGAAGGAGCAGAAGAGAGGCAUUUCUGAAGAUCACACUGGACUUCCUGAGAACAAUGAAGCAGGACGAACUGGCAGACUCACUGAGAAACAAAUUUCUUGCUGCAAUGGGCCAACCUAAACUCAAAUCUAAUCUGAAGAAGAAGUUUGAAUUUGUGUUUGAGGGGAUUGCUAAAGCAGGAAAUCAAACAGUUCUGAACCAGAUCUACACAGAGCUGUACAUCACAGAGGGAGAGACUGCGGAGGCCAAUAAAGAUCACGAGGUCAUACAGAUUGAGAAAGCAUCCUUGAAACCAGACACACCAGAAAUAACAAUCAGAUGUGAAGACAUCUUUAAGGCCUCACCUGGACGAGAUAAACCAACCAGAACAGUGAUAACAAAGGGUGGGGCUGGCAUUGGGAAAACAGUCUUAACACAGAAGUUCACUCUGGACUGGGCUGAAGGCAAAGCCAACCAGGACAUCCAGUUCAUAUUUCCUUUCUCUUUCAAAGAGCUGAAUGUGCUGAAAGAAAGAAAGUACAGCUUGGUGGAUCUUGUUCAUUACUUCUUUCCUGAAUUUGAAAAACCAGGAGUCUGGAGGUUUGAAGAGUCCCAAGUCCUGUUGAUCUUUGACGGUCUGGAUGAGUGUCGACUUCCUCUGGACUUCCACAAAACUGAGAUCCUGACUGAUGUCACAGAGUCCACCUCAGUG